GUAUCAUCUAUAUGGUUGAGAAGCUUCUUAAUCGUUCUUUUAAGUAUUUCCUUUUUAUGCUAAACUAAGAGAUUUAGAUAGUUUACUUAUUUCACAAUGCUUAAGUCGGUUUGUAAGAGUCUAUAUAAGACUCUCAAAAUCAUCAAUAAGAAUUAACUUCCAACAAUUAACCUAAUUCUCUAAGAGAGGCUUGGGUUAAAGGGAAGCUUGUUUUCAAUCUUCUUGUUCUCUAAGCUUAGGUUAUUCUUUCUAAACUAUUCAUUACGGAGAGAGUAGAGGGUCCAUUAACAAGAGCAAAAGCAAGAGCUUUGGCUCAUAACAGAUGAGACUCGUCGAGAUGAUUCAGAAAAAACAGAGUCAAAUCCGGAAUCAGAUUCUGGGGAUUCAACGGAGUCCGAGGAGGAAUCCGGGGAGGGAACAUAAGUAAUGCAACCGGUGAACAUGUACUUCAAUAGAUCCGAGUACAUGAAGCCAUUCAAGCUAUCUGCUAAGUGUUAUAUCACAAGGACAGUGGACUUCUUGAGAGCUCACCUUAAGUCCCAUGAGUUGGACUGGUUCCUAGGACACCCACAGUUCAAACACUUCUUCCAUAUGCCGAAUGAUGCCAAUCACAAAUUGAUGGGUAUGUGGAUGUUGCUUCUCCGGACGGCGUCUUUAGAGAAGAAAAAUGAAUGUUGGUUCAUAGUAAAUGGUACUCCCAUCAGAUAUUCUCUCAAAGAAAUGGCACUGAUUUCUGGCUUAUACUGCCAUGAGUAUCCCCGAGACAUGGAAACUCUGGGCAGUAAUGAGUUUGUUGGUAAGCAUUUUAGUGUUGGCACAACAAUAAGAUAUGAUGAUGUCCAAGCAAAACUUUUAUCGAUGAAGAGAGCUUCUCCUGAUCGAGUGAAGAUGGCGGUCCUCUACUUCUUGUGUAGUGUGAUCAUAGGGAAGAAGAAGCCAGGGAAAAAAGCACCAUCCGUAGAGCCAUUCUUUCUUAGGGCUAUUGAUGAUUUGGACAUGUGUAAAACGUUCCCUUGGGGUCGUUUGGCUUUUGAUGAGAACAUGAAGGAAAUCUUUCAUUGUAUGAACCACUUUGGUGGAGUUUUGAGCACAAACCAAUGGGUCUUUCCUAGUUUCGUCAUUCCGUUGGAGGUUCUUGCUUUUGAGGCAAUUCAUGUUCUUAAGGAAAAUUUCCGAGAAGGUGUUAGUAACGCACAUGCACAUCGUCAUUGUCCUCGGAUGUGCAAGAUGAAAUUUAAAGCAAGUAAAAUGGGUUUUCAUUGAAGGAAAUUUAUGACAAACUUGGUACAACUAAGGAUAUUGAAAGUAUUUUGACUCCAUCAUCACGUGAGAAACGUCUUUUAGGUCGUGUCAUGGAUGAAGAGAGUCGCUAUAAUGAUGUAGAUGAUCCCGUUGUUGUUGGUUGGACCAAGUGUUUAAUUGAUGAAGAGAAGUCAAUAUGGUUUGAAGAGUUUUACAACCAAGAUUUGGCCACCCGGGAGAAUCCAGAAGAUGUGAAUCCGGAAGAUGUGAAUCCGGAAGAUGUGAAUCUGGAAAAUGUGAUUUUGGAAAAUGUAAGUCUGGAAGAUGUGAACCCAGUGGCUCCGGUGAAUUUGGCUCAGCUAGGAGCUAGAUUGGUUCAGGUAGAAGAACAAGUGAAGCAAGGGUUUAAGGAAAUUAUUGAGAAGGUUGAUAGUCUAGAUAACAGAGUUAAAUCUGUUGAAUCAUAUGUGAGAUUAUGUGAGAUGGGCCUCAUGUGAAAAUGAUUAUUAUAUGAAUGAAGGUGUUGGAGAUACGAAUGAAGGUAUGAAUGAAGGUGGCAAUGGAGAUAUGAAUGAAGGUGACAAGGAGCAAGCUGAGAUGGAGCAGGCUGAGAAGGAUAAGGUUGAGAGGGAGCAGGCUAAGAAAGAGCAAGCUGAAAGGGAGCAUGCUGAGAAGGUGCAGGUUGAGAGGGCUAAGGCGGCUAAGACCGAGAAGGCUGAGAGGGCUAAGGCCGAGAAGGCUGAGAGGGCUAAGGCCGAAAAGGCUAAGGCCGAGAAGGAUAAGGCCGAAAAGGCUGAGAAGGAUAAGGCCGAAAAGGCCGAGAAGAAUAAGGCCGAAAAGGCCGAGAGGGCUAAGGCCGAGAAGGAUAAGGCCGAAAAGGAUAAGGCUGAGAGGGCUAAGGCCGAGAAGGAUAAGGCCGAAAAGGAUAAGGCUGAGAGGGCUAAGGCCGAGAAGGAUAAGGCCGAAAAGGAUAAGGCUGAGAGGGCUAAGGCCGAGAAGGAUAAGGUAGACAAGGAGCAAGCUGAUAAGGCUGAGAGGGCUAAGGCUGAGAAGGAUAAGUCUGACAAGGAGCAUGCUGAGAAGGAACAAACUGAGAAGGAAAAGUCUGAGAAACCCGAGACCGAGAAGGAGAAGGUUGAUGAAGAGAAAGCACAACUUGGUACAACUGAUGAAGAGAAAGAACAACUUGGUACAGUUGAAGAAGAGAAAGAACAACUAGGGACAACGGAAAAAGGCCGAGAGGAAGAUGUUGAGAUGGAACAUGGCGAGAAAGAACAAGCUAAGGAGAAAGGAGAAAAGAGGGAAAGAGAAGAAGUUGUUGAUGCUCACCAAGGUAAAAGGGUGAAGAUCAUAAGCAAGAAGAAACGACUAUGGUCAUAAGGAGUCCUAUUCAGACAAGACAAAAUGCGAACAAGGAUAAUUGAUGAUCUAUUCUAAAGUUGGGUUUUAGAGUCAUUUUAUAUUUGAACUAUUUGUAUUGGUUUAUGGAUUGAUGUCUUUUUUUAUGUGUU